AUGUCUUGCUUUAGACUCCCUCUCUCCCUCUGUCGGCUUUUAGACAGGCACGUGGCCAGGUUUUGGUGGGGUGAUUCUGCGGAGCAUUCUCGCAUUCGUUGGGUAUCUUGGCGGAACUUGUGCAGGAGUAAACAUGAGGGAGGCUUGGGGUUUCGGCGUUUUGAGCAAUUCUCACCUACUAUCUUUCAACUUGGUUACCAUGUUGGAUUCAAAGGCCAAUACAGUGGGAGCAAAGAGGAAAAAUAUUUCAUCCACAACCACUUAGCAUUCACUGUAAAGUUUCACAGAGACUUGCAAACUGACUCUGCAAGAAUUGUGGGUUUUGAAGUGAAGCCAUACAGUAUUAAGCACGAAUAUGAGGGAAAAUGGGCCGAGGAUAAGACACGUCUAACCACCUGUGAUCCUCAUACUAAGCGUACUGUUAUCAACUCCAACACUCCUCAGGAAGUUGAUGACAAAAAGGAAAUUGUUUUCACUUAUGAUGUUGAAUUCCAGGAGAGCGAUGUGAAAUGGGCAUCAAGAUGGGAUGCAUAUCUUCUUAUGAGUGAUGAUCAAAUCCACUGGUUUUCAAUCGUCAACUCCUUGAUGAUUGUUCUCUUCCUCUCAGGCAUGGUAGCAAUGAUCAUGUUGAGGACACUUUACCGCGACAUCUCCAAGUACAACGAACUAGAGACCCAAGAAGAGGCUCAAGAAGAGACCGGAUGGAAACUCGUCCAUGGCGAUGUUUUCAGGCCACCAAUGAACUCGGAACUACUCUGUGUCUAUGUUGGAACUGGUGUCCAGUUCUUCUGCAUGAUCGUUGUCACUAUGCUCUUUGCCAUUCUCGGGUUCCUCUCCCCAUCAAACCGAGGUGGCCUCAUGACAGCCAUGCUUUUGCUCUGGGUCUUCAUGGGCCUGUUUGCUGGAUACGCAUCUUCCCGUCUCUACAAGCUAUUUAAAGGUGGCGAAUGGAAGAAAAUUGCUCUCCGAACUGCAAUCAUGUUCCCUGGGAUCAUCUCUGCCAUCUUCUUCGUCCUGAACGCUCUCAUAUGGGGCCAGAAGUCAUCCGGAGCUGUCCCCUUCGGCACUAUGUUCGCUUUGGUGUUCUUGUGGUUUGGUAUCUCGGUCCCACUCGUCUUUGUCGGAAGCUAUAUUGGAUUCAAGAAGCCAGCUCUGGAAGAUCCAGUAAAGACCAACAAAAUCCCCAGACAGAUUCCGGAGCAAGCUUGGUACAUGAACCCUGCCUUCUCGAUCCUGAUCGGUGGAAUACUCCCAUUCGGAGCCGUCUUCAUUGAGCUCUUCUUCAUCCUCACCUCGAUAUGGCUGAACCAGUUCUACUACAUCUUUGGAUUCCUCUUCUUGGUGUUCAUCAUCCUCAUCAUCACCUGUGCUGAGAUCACUGUCGUGCUCUGCUACUUCCAGCUGUGCAGCGAGGACUAUCUGUGGUGGUGGAGAUCUUACCUCACCUCAGGAUCUUCUGCAGUCUACCUGUUCCUCUAUGCCACGUUCUACUUCUUCACGAAGCUGGAAAUCACGAAGCUAGUCUCUGGAGUGUUGUACUUUGGUUACAUGCUGAUCGCUUCGUAUGCGUUCUUCGUCCUGACCGGCACAAUCGGUUUCUAUGCAUGCUUCUGGUUCACGAGGCUCAUCUACUCAUCCGUCAAGAUUGAUUGA